AUGACGGAAGAAUUUAAUUUUUUUUGGGAGGUAAGGGAAAGAAUCGAGUUGGCUCAUAAAAUUUAUCGUUUAUUACAGACAACUGGCAAACGAGUGGAGUUGAAUGGAUGCAUACUGGCGGUGAGGUGGGCUAGCUUGAAACCGAGCAAAUGGCGAUUGUUUCUAACUCCAAACCGACGUGCAAAGAGAUCACGAGGAACCCGAACGACUCGAACUGCUCAAAGCAUUCCAUCAACCCAUUGUGAUGCUGACACUGUAUCAUGGCCAGUUGGUAUAACUGUCAGCGAAUUGAGAAAUAUUUACACCAACUAUUUGAAAACUCAUUAUUCACAGGGUCAUUCAAGUGAAAUCGAAGCAUUUCGAGUGAAAACCGGUCCACUCGCCUUGCCAGCACCAUACCAUCUUCUGCCGAACACUCCUUAUUUCCGUAAAGCCGUUAUUAUCCCUCCACCCGUCAGAGGUCCGACCGUAAUCAGGCAUCCACCACUAGCGAUCGCAAUAGUGAAUCGGUAUGUGGCGAGUAUGAUCGCAGAUGAUAGAGAGCGUUUUGGAGGUAUCAUGAAUUUCAAUGAAUAUUGUAACAUAAAUGUUGAGAAUCGAGCAAAACUCAAUGAAUGUCAACAGCCGCCGAGCAGUCCUGCUGCCGCCGCACUCUAUCCGAACGGCAACGAUAACAACGGCAUGAUCUCGACGGGCUGCAUCACUAAUCAAUCACCCUAUCAAUAUCUAUCGAACUCAGAUUAUUAUCCGAACUUCAAUCUCCACCAAUCGACCAAUGCAUAUUUCGCGUCAAGUCUGGUAAAAGCUCCAAACGAACACUGUGAUCGUGAUGUUACGCAAUCCCAGAAUGACUUCGGCCUUAAUGGAUUCAGCGUGCUGCCCUCCGUGUUUGCAACCUAUCAACCGCCACCCAACUCUCCUCUCUCCACUGUGCCAGUCCCAAAAACUGAUGAUGAGCCCACGAAACUCACCAAUGCACUCUUACCACCUACAUCACAAAGCACACUUCCGCAGCAAGACACAAACGCAGAUUUGCAGCCAUCUGAACCCAGCAAAAAAUGGCGAAUACUAAAACGAGUAAAAACCAGUCCAACUCUCUGCACUCAGGGCGAACAAAUUUUCCAGAGUGCCUUACCGGUGUCCGGCUAA